CAUUCGGCCCGUGACAAAUUCCAUUGCAGCAGACUUCACGAUUCGCAAUUUCUACCUAGCAAUCCGUUUUUGGAGAAAUCAACUACUACAAUAGCCUUUCUUGCCAACAAUUUACAGGCUGGGCAAGAAUCCUUCAGAUCUAUCACUAGAUCAUACUACAGAGGAGCAGCUGGGGCACUUCUUGUUUAUGAUAUAACAAGGUUAAUGGCAAAGGGGCGAAAGCGUGACAUGGUACCUCAAGAGAAUGCAACCUCGGAGACCGAGUAUGAUGAUGAUGGUAAUAGGGCUGAACAUGAGGACCGCAGAGGUCGCACAGUAUGUGCAACAGUAGGGAAGGCAAUUCAGGAGGGUCGAAAAAUUCCACUUGAAUGGAAUAGAAGAAAGGUUCCAUGUGGGGAUCAUCGAAUGACAUUCUGCACUUAUCUUGGUGUACUUGUUCGUGAGCGUGUAGACAUCAACUACCUACGGUGGGGUGAUGUUCCUAAAGAGCUAAAGAAUUCACUUUACGAGUCGAUAACCAAAGGGUUCACAAUAUUAGAAGGUCGUAAACGUUAUAUCUUAUCGCAAGCUGCUAUUGCAUUCCGCAUUUUUAAAGCAAGAUUGAGAAAGAGUGGCUGUACACUUCCAGGGGACAAUUGGUGAAAAUAAAACCAGGGUUAUAUCCAUGGAUAACUCAGGAAGAUUGGGACCAAUUUCUUAAAACAUCAAUAGAUCCUAAGUUUAAGGAAUUAAGUGAAAAAAAUCGGAAAAAAGUGAAGGAUAAUAGAAAAUCAAGCUAUCGUGGAGGACGACUAGGGUAUCAACAUUUUGAGGAAGAGAUUGAAAAGGACCUUGAGAAGAGAGGGAUAAAUGCGCCUAUAGUUCCUCGACAGUUGACCUGGCUUGAGCUCAUUCUGAUGUCGAAGAUGGAACAAUGAUAUUUAAGAAUCCUAAUGAUUUGAAAAUCGCUGAAUCAAUUGUACGAAACUUUUUGCACAUUUUAUAAGUUAGAUUACUGUAAUUGUAAUAAUAUAAAUUAUACUAACUUUAAUAUAUAAAAUUGUUCUUGGUUCUA